GGCGCACCAGCCGAAGAGGGCUGACGUUGGACAACAAAGAUGGCGGCCGCGGGAGGGAGCAGCGGCAGCAACUACUGGGAGGAUCUGCGGAAGCAGGCUCGGCAGCUUGAGAACGAGCUGGAUCUCAAACUCGUGUCCUUCAGCAAACUAUGCACCAGCUACAGCCACAACAAUUCCCGAGAGGGGAGAGCCGACAGAUAUAGCUCUGACACAACUCCCCUCCUGAAUGGGUCAAGCCAAGACCGAAUGUUUGAAACAAUGGCUGUGGAAAUUGAACAGCUUCUGGGGAAGCUUACAGGGAUAAAUGACAAAAUGGCCGAGUAUGCCAACAGUGCAGGAGUGCCAUCCCUGAACGCAGCUCUGAUGCAUACCUUGCAGCGGCACAGAGAUAUUUUGCAGGACUACACACACGAAUUCCAUAAAACCAAAGCGAACUUCCUGGCAGUACGGGAAAGAGAGAAUCUUUUGGGGUCGGUUCGGAAAGAUAUUGAGUCCUACAAAAGCGGGUGUGGCGUGAACAACCGGCGGACAGAGCUGUUCCUGAAGGAGCACGAACACCUUCGGAACUCUGACCGACUGAUAGAAGAGACAAUAAGCAUUGCCAUGGCGACAAAAGAAAACAUGACCUCCCAGCGAGGGAUGCUGAAGUCCAUACAAAGCAAAAUGAACACCUUGGCCAAUCGUUUUCCAGCUGUGAACAACCUGAUCCAACGAAUCAACCUCCGCAAGCGGCGAGACUCGCUCAUCUUGGGUGGCGUCGUCGGCAUUUGCACCAUCUUGUUGCUGCUGUACGCAUUCCAUUGACGGCUGCUUUCUGUAGAGACUUCUGCGUCUGGGUUCUGCGUCCUGAUCCAGGAGGCGAGGGCAGGCAAAGACUGCGGGGCGGCUCUCUCUCUCUCUCUGGCUAGACCAAGUGCGGUGACCUACGGCAGGUGCUCUCUCCCUCUCCGAUGCUGCUCACCUGUUCCGAAGUGACAGCAUGUGAAUUAAAACUUUGCUCUUAACAUUUUUCCCUCGCCCGUGAAAAUCUCCUCUGUUUUUGACUCAUGGUGAGUAAAGCUUAAUUGCAUCCCAGCAAUGCUCACAGUUGCCUUUGAAAUUAAGGGAAAGACAAUGAUCUGCCUCCUCCAGAAUAGAAAAAUGUCUGCACACCGUUCUCAAGUCUGUGUCUGAAACCCCCCCAAAUCUUUCAUGGCCAAGCCCUUCUUGAACUAUUCUGUUUUCUCUUGGUUUGUAGCCAAGGUUUGGUUAAAUACAAGCGGGCAGCUAAUUUCCUGGUUUGCCAUUAACUUCCACAUUCUGUUGAAAGCUUCAGAGUUCUGCCACUCUCCUCCCAGACCUCCUGAGGGAAAUCAGAUUGCUUUGCAUACUGUGCUCAAAACUCCAAACUGUGUUUCAGGAGAACAACUGGCAGGGAAUUGUUGGGUCACAUGAAGAAGGAAGACCUUCCAAAGAGAGGGUAGGAGUGAAACGUAGAACUCCUGCACGCACACUUUAGUGAGACGGGAGCAGGGGAGUUCCUUCUGUAGGUCUCUUGUCCACAGCGUUGAGAGUGACCAAAGUAUCUCAGAUCGCAUUUUGGCUUGGGUCAGACUUCACGCAAGAACCGACUUGUUUAAAGAUUCUAUUUUAAUUUAGAUGCGAAGCUACUCUGAGUUUUAUUUUUAAGUGUAAAAAAAAAUUGCACUGGCUAAAAGGAAGGCGGAGGAGAUGGGAGUGUGAGCCCCUUGUAGGGGGAAGCCGUCCUGGUGGGGCGUGGCCCUGCCAAGGAAAGUUUUUUUGGGGAGGCCUCUCAAAAAAGCUGAAGGCACCUUUUGGAUCCAGCUCUAUUCUGGGGGAAUCUUCUCAGAGGCUUUCAGCGUUCCAUGUCCUCCUUGUCGCAUUUACCUGGGGAUGGUUAUUUUCUAAUUUCAGGUGUCUCCUUAACAAGGGAACUCAACAAACUUCAAGUUUUUUCUGUGUGUGCGUCCCACUCUCCUAACUGACGGGUCUGUUGUCUAAUGGGCUGCUAAUCGUAUUCUCACAUGGACACACACACUGAACUUCCAGAGCGGUGGGGGUAAAGAUGAAUGGGCAAAUUCUAUUGCAAGUUCUCCCAACUGAGCGGAUUGGGCUGCUUCUCUGCCCGUAUCUUUCCUCUUCUGGACGGGGCCUGACCUUUGCAGCUCUCAUUUUAAAGUUCAGAGUCUGUGGAGGGCAACACAGGGAAAGAAAUGCUAGAUUGGCACACGUGUUCCAAUCUGCGUGGAUUCUGGAAGCGUCUGCUGUACAAACGAGCAUCCUCCGAUUCCAGGUAAACUGAUUCAUCAGCUGUUGAUUCUCUUUGAAGUUUGGCUGGCAGUUUUCCGCAGUGGGGAAAAUGAAUGGUGGGUUUCAUCUCUUUUGUUGGUAAGAGGUCUCCUAUCUGUUGAUUUAGAGGCAAUGCCUGGUUUGAAAUGAACGUUAGCUUUUUAAGAAAACACAGACAAAAUGAUAAAGGCUGUGAUCAGAUCUCUGUGUUUGGAGAAGGAGUGCGCUACUCCUGAACAUCUUAUUUUCUUGUGUUACCCUCAAAUUGGUGGUUCUGCCCUGCCGACUCGGGAAGGGUUUGGUUGCUUCGUGUAGCUGGCAAAGUAAUAAGUACUAUACUAAAUAAAAUGCAUUUAUUUAA